AUGCUUCCGGCCGCGAAUGCUAGCAACAGCCUUCCUCGUAAAAGUAUGAGAACCGUGAAGUCAUCCAGACGUCGCAGCCUUGCUCCAAAUGAAUGCUUUAAUACUGAAAAGGAGAAAGGAAACGAUCUUUUCUCGUCUCUUCAUCGAAAAAUUGUCAAAACUGUCAGGAGAUCUAUCGCUCCUGAACAACUUCGUUUGAGAACUGAUGAAGAGAGAAGAGACCACGAAGCCUGCGAUUUGGAAAACCAGAAAAAAUUAGACAUUUGCAAGGACCAGUACGAAGCUGAGCUUGUAAUGUGCAAAACCCAACACCAAAAUGAACUGGACGCGUGA